AUGGAAAAAUUAAUAUCAGACGUAAUAAAUUCAAAUAGUCAAUAUUGGAUUCAAAAAAGAAAUACUCACGUCAUUAAUGUAUAUGACGAUUUUAAAGUUAGAGAUGCUUUAAAAGUAUUGGCUUCAAAUAAAAUUUUAUCAGUUCCAGUAAUUGAAAGAGCAACUGGAGAUUAUUUGGGUUUUAUUGAUAUGAAUGAUAUUCUUCAUUCAAUUAUUGAUUCAUUUUUAGCAAAUAAUUCUCAACAAGAUGGACACGAUUGGGUAAGAUUAUGUCAUGAUGUUAGUGUAAGUGAAAAAUUUGCAAAUCAACCAGUAUCGGUUUUAAUAAAUCAAAGUAAAAAAGAUUUUUUUAUACCAGUUGACGAAUCUGGAUCAAUCCAUCAAUUAAUAGAUGAAAUCUUUUCAAAAGGAAUCCAUAGAGUAAUUGUAGUCGGAGAAGAUGCAAAUACCAAAGGAAUAAUAUCACAAACGGAUAUUCUUGAAUUUAUAUUGGAGAAUAGAGAUGAAAUUAAAGGUGCUGACUUUGAAAAGCCAAUUGGUCAAUUAAAAGACCUUGUUGAAAAAGAUGUAAUAACAAUUAAUGCUGAAGUAAUGACAAUACAAUGUUAUUAUGUCAUGAUGAAACAUUCAAAACAAAGUAUAGCUCUAACUGGUAAACAUGGUGAAAUCAUUGGUAAUCUAUCAAUCACUGAUCUUCGUGGCCUCGACCCUGAAAACUUUGAAUUACUCUUAUCGCCAGCAAUAGACUUUUGGAAUAAAACUAAUAGUAAAUCAAAGAUUUGUGUUGUUCCAUCAAGUACUACUUUUAAAGAGAUCAUUAAUAUCCUUUACAAGAAUCGUUUGCAUCGUCUUUGGUUAUCUUCUAAAGAGGAAGGCGGUUGUUAUGGUACUGUCACUAUUGGCAAUAUCAUGAAAUAUUUCUCAAGAGAUCAACAUGAGGUCAUCAGAAGGAAUUCAUUAUCCUCUUCUUCAGGUUCUUUAAAUUUAAAUUCUUCUUCAAAUUCAAUCUCUAAAAAACCUUUAACUCCUGUUAAAAUUUGUCCAAUAGUCGAAGAAAAAUAA